GCGGCGGUAAAGGGAUGCGGUGGUACCCACUAAGCAGGUGGACGCAGCGCGCGGUAUAACGGUAAAACAAGCGAACAACGGUGGGACGACGAGAUACCAACGGCAAGGAUGAGCCUAAAAAUGUUGUGCCCGAGCCUGCUUGUCCUGCUCGCGUGUCAGGUCUGCUCGUCACGUAAAUGUGUCGAGCCCCUGGUCGCACCUCUCUAUGCCUCCUCUUUCCUGGCCUCCUCCAGAUAUAACUUCAUCUACUCUGCUAACUUUGCCAAACUAUAUGGCAGCAGUGGCUGGUCUCCCUCUCCCAUCGACAGGCAGCCGUGGCUGCAGAUUGACCUGGGGAAGAAGUACCGCAUCACGGCCAUCUCCACUCAGGGCACCUUCAACUCCUACGACUGGGUGACCAAGUACAUGGUGCUGUUUGGGGACCGCCCCGAUGCCUGGACCCCAUACGUCAUGAAAGGGGGGAACAUGACGCUGCCAGGGAACUGGAACUACUACCAGGUGAAGAGGAACGUGUUCCACUACCCCUUCACGGCGAAGCACGUGCGGUUCCUGCCCAUGGGCUGGAACACGGAGAACCGGGGCAAGAUCGGCGUCCGGCUGGAGCUGUACGGCUGCGCCUACGACUCGUACGUGAUGCACAUGGAGGGCAACGACAUGGUGUCCUACAAGUUCCCCGAGAAGUUCCGCACGCUGCAGGACCACUUUGCGUUGAACUUCAAGACCCUGGAGACGGAGGGGACGCUGCUGCACAGCCAGGGCCAGCAGGGGGACCUGCUCACGCUGGAGCUCAAGAGGGGCCGCCUCUUCCUGCACAUGAGCCUCGGCAGCAGCACUGUGCACCAGACGGACGGCUUGACCAGCAUGCGGGUGGGGAACCUGCUGGACACGCAGCACUGGCACUACGUCACCAUCAAGCGCUACGGCCGCCAGGUCAACUUCACGCUGGACAGCCAGACCGAGACGGCCAUCCUCAACGGAGAGUUCAACUACCUGGACCUGGAGAAACAGAUGUAUGUGGGAGGGGUGAUCGAGAAGGACCUGCCCCAUCUGCCGGGCAGGCCCAACUUCAGAGGCUGCUUGGAGAACGUCUUCAUCAAUGGAGCCAACAUAAUCAGAAUGGCACAGAACCAGGAACCCGACAUCCGGCUAGCGAGUGGAAAGACCAAGAUGCACUACACGUGCCGCGACCUGCUCUGGAGGCCCGUGACCUUCAUCGGGCCCAACAACUACCUGCAGGUGCCCGGCUUCUACCGCAGGGACCGGCUGGCCGUGCGCUUCAAGUUCCGCACGUGGGACUACACGGGCCUGCUCAUGUACACGCGCUUCGCCGACGACCUGGGCUCCCUGGAGCUGGGCCUGAGCGAGGGCCAGGUCAACAUCACGCUCUUCCAGCCGGGCAAGAAGAGGCUCCGGUUCGCCGCAGGCUACCGCUUGAACGAUGGCUACUGGCACACAGUGGACUUGGCAGCCAAGGACAACCUGCUGUCGGUGACCAUAGAUGAGGACGAGGGCUCGCCGCUGAAGAUUACCAACCCGUUCAUGGUGCGGACGGGUGACCGCUACUUCUUUGGGGGCUGUCCAAAGACCAAUAACACGGGCCGGUGCGUGACGAAGCUCAACACCUUCCACGGCUGCAUGCAGCAGAUAUUUGUAGACGACGAACCGUUUGACAUCGACAUCAUGCUGCAACGGAAGUGGGCCCGCUACACAGAACUACUGCUAGGCACCUGUGGCAUAACGGACAGGUGUACUCCGAACCCGUGUGAGCACGAGGGGCGAUGUAUUCAGUCCUGGAACGACUUCCUGUGCGUGUGUGAAAACACAGGAUACAAAGGAGAAGUCUGUCACACCUCUGUGCACAGGGAGUCCUGCGAGGCUUACCGACUCAACGGGAAGUACUGGUCAGGGAACUACACCAUAGACCCGGACCUGAGUGGACCGCUGAAGCCCUUCAUGGUCUACUGCAAGAUGACCCCGUUCAAAUCGUGGACAAUAAUUGAGCACAACCGUAUAGAGUACACCAAGGUGUCCGGCUCCACUGUGGACCAGCCUUACAUAGGGGAGGUCCGCUACGUCAACUCCAGCUGGGAUGAGGUCACUGCUCUGGCCAACACGUCCCUGUACUGCGAACAGUGGAUCGACUUCUCAUGCUACAAGUCCCGCCUCCUCAACACACCCAAUGGGAGGCCGUACAGCUUCUGGAUUGGACGCAACAAUGAGAGUCAUGAGUACUGGGGCGGGGCCUUCCCUGAGAGCGGGAAGUGUGGCUGUGCCAUCAACCACACCUGCACCGACGCCAAGUUCCAGUGCAACUGUGACGCAGACUAUCGCCAGUGGUACUCGGAUAAGGGUUACCUGAUGUUCCGGGACCACCUGCCCGUCAGGAAGAUUGUUAUUGGCGACACCAAUCGCACUGGCUCAGAGGCUCAGUUCAGCCUGGGGCCACUCCGUUGCCAUGGAGACCGAAGCAUCUGGAACACCAUCGCCUUCACCAAGCCCACCUACAUCACGUUCCCCACGUUCGUCCCGGGCCCCAGCGCUGACAUCACGUUCCACUUUAGAACCUACCGCUCCAGUGGCGUGUUCGUGGAGAACGCAGACGACCACCACCGUAGCUUCAUCCGAGUGGAGCUCAACUCCACCCAGGAGGUGAUCUUUGUGUUCAUGGUGGGCGACGGCAUACAGAACGUGACGCACCGCUCGCCACGCCCACUCAACGACAACGAGUGGCAUUACGUGGAGGCGGAGCUCAACGUGAAGAUGGCACGCCUGAAGGUGGACUUCUACCCGGCUGCCAUCCGGAAGUUUCCGGGCCAGACCUAUGUUAACAUGCAGUUCUCCCAACCCCUGCUAGUAGGUGCUGCCAACCACACCCUGAGGCCUUUCCUGGGCUGUAUGCGGGGCUUGCGGCUCAACGGCGCUCCGGUGGACUUGGAGGGGAAGGUCGACGAAGAGGCGGGGAUCCGGCGGAACUGCACGGGCGCAUGCUUGAACCCUUCCAUCCCCUGCCGCAACGGUGGCCAGUGCAUCGACGGCUACGUCGACUACUGGUGUGACUGCAACAACACUGCCUUUGACGGCUUUUACUGCCAUAAGGACAUCGGGGCGUACUUUGAGGCGGGCUCUUGGCUGCGCUACGACGUCCGCAAAGAGCCCAUCUCCGAGGAGGCGUGGUGGGCCAACUACUGGAUCGACCCGCACUGGCACAACUACAGCCUGGGCUACAACGACACCACGGACGACAUCGAGUUCAGCUUCAGCACGGUGCAGACGCCCGCCGUCCUGCUCUACAUCAGCUCCUUCUAUAAAGACUACAUCGCCGUGCUGCUAAAGACCGAUGGAAGUCUGGCUCUGAGGUACAAGUUGGGUCUGAUAACCUAUAAGUACCAGCUCACCAGACGUAACCUGGCCGACGGAUACCCACACUUCGUCAACAUCACCAGACAUAACAGAACACUGAGAACCCAGGUGGACUACAUGGAACCAUGGUAUGAGGUGGUUUCUCUGGAGGUAGAUGCCAGGUUUGACUCACCCAAGUCCAUGUUCCUGGGAAGAGUCAUGGAGGUGGGUGAUAUAGAGUAUGAGGUGGCACGUCACAACAGUCCCGGCCUGCAGGGCUGCAUCUCUGGCGUGCGCUACAACAUCUUCGCCCCGCUGAAGACGCUCUUCCGGCCAAAUGUAACGGAACCGCCGGUAGUAACGCACGGCUACGUGGUAGAGUCCAAUUGCGGCGCGUUCACUCCUAUACACGGCUACGUUCCGUGGGAGGUGGACCCGUGGUGGACCGGCCUAUUCUUCUACUACAUCCACGAUGACGUGACCCCGCCUUGGAUGACCCUAAUCAUUGGAUCUGCCGCCAUCCUCCUCUUCCUCAUCCUGUACGGGCUGUACCUGUACCUGUAUCGGUAUAAGGGCAGCUACCUCACCAACGAGCCCAAGAACCUGGAGUCUCCCAGCAGCUCUCGGCCGCUCACCGAACCCCCGACCAAGGAGAAGGACCUGCAAGAGAUCCAGGACGAGCCCCACAAGGCCUAGCGCGCUAACUCUCUUUCUCUUCCUUCGGCUUUCACUCUUUUGACUUUCUGUUUCUCCUUCAGAUUUCCCUGCCUUUUCUCUCUCAGUUGUCUCUAACCCCCAGCUCCUCUCCCUUUUGCCUGUUUGUAUGUCUGAUCCGAGCUGGUUGAUAGAGAAUUGGCACCGUUAGGAGCAUAAUGCUAAUACUUCCCGAGGACCCCAUCAGGACCCCCAGGGCUUGCUGGCAGAAGUGCCUGAUUAAAGAUAUCGCAUAAAAUGCAGAACAGUUAGAGGCAAUCACUAAGAGAGCUCAGUGCAACAACUCUCUCCCAACCCAACCCAACCCAACCCAGCCCAGCCGUCCCCCUGCUGUCACCACCACCAGAUCUCCCUCAGUGGCCCUUGACUCUGAGGAGAGUUUGGAGUGCCAGCUCUACUCACAAGCUUCACCAUCAGUUCACACUGACAGGAUGGCGCAGUCACAGCCCCAGCAACAUGACAUGAAAAGUCUCCAGACAAACGUCCGAAAAAAGUAUAUUUACAUAUUGUGAAAUUAUAUCUACAGUCAGAUUCUAUUACAUUCUAAGAAGCAUGUAACCAUCAGAAUAUCCAACGAAAUAUGACACAAUAUUUUACAACAUGCUCUGAAGUAUGCGGCAUAUUGGCAAUAUUAAGAUCCGACUUUUGUACAAGUAUUUAUCAUGUUGCAGUUGUUGGUAAAGAUUGUAUCCGAAAACUAACUCCAUAUGUAUCUGGUGCUGUUUUUGAAGAGGCGCAUUUGCCUGGGCACCAUGUUUUGAGACAUCAGCACAACUUGGAGGAAGUGUCACGCCAAAGUGUGCAAGGUCGGCUACCUGUCACGAGGCCUCAGCACAGCCUGUGCAGUGCAUGAGAGGAGGCUCAGAGGGAAUAGCAGCAGAAUUCACAAACACGACACAGAAUAGGAAGUCUAAAGCUGUAGCUAUCGGAAGACAAGCAUCCUUUUUUUGGAGACACAAGGUUUUCACGGAAAACUGUAAAAUACUGUAAAAACAAAACCCAAGUAGUUACGCAAAGAUUAUUACGCCUAUUCAUGGUUCACUCUAUCCUUGUUGUGCUUCACUGAUUUUGGAAAACAUUUCCUCACAUCUCAGUCAGGCUAGUGUGGUUUUGCAGAAGAAAAAAAAACACAACUGGUGCUAGUGGGUGUUAGCGUGUAGUGCAUGCACUCUGACUUGGGAUGGUCGGUAUGUGUGUGUAAGUGAUUGUAUGAGGUCAGAGGAUUGGUGUUUGCUAGGAGCUUAAUACAAAGUGACUCAGGGCUUGUUGGACAAAGGAAGCAUGAUGUUGUUUGUGCGCGUGUGUGGAGAGAAAGCUUUAGCCCCCUUGCUGUCUCUCUCCUCUGAAGAUCUAUUGUGUAGGGCGCAGUGUCAGCUGGCAGAGGUUGGCGAGAGGGUUACGGUCUCUCCUACGGCUACUCACUGAAUGUCCAGAACAUCUGUCACCUCGCUGAAGCAGGACAGGAGUGGUCAGUGAAUUUCAAGCAGCCUCGGUCAAUAGCCCUGGCCAAACUGAUAGUCCAAGGGGGCUCCAUGCGGUGUGUGCAAUCAAUGUGCUGCAUCAAACAGGGCUCUUCAGCUCGACUGGAACAAAUACCCGCUGCACCUCUGUGGACAAACUUGGCCAGUCCUGUUUUUAGUCCACAUCGAGGACAGAGGAAAUGUGUUUGCACAGGUGGAUCUUGCCAGUAAAAGUGUGUCUUUCGGGAUUGAAAUAUAUUGAUCCUAUGAAAACACUCUUAUAAUGAAUAAAUGUUUGUGCCGGUAUAGGUGGAUCUGCCAGUAAAAGUGUGUCUUUCGGGAUUGAAAUAUAUUGAUCCUAUGAAAACACUCUUAUAAUGAAUAAAUGUGUGUGCCGGGUGUGGAGGUAUGCUUCAACAGCAUACUGUUUGUGGUCAAGGCUUAGGUAGACGGUGGUCUGGUCAAGGCUUAGGUAGAUGGUGGUCUGGUCAAGGCUUAGGUAGACGGUGGUCUGGUCAAGGCUUAGGUAGACGGUGGUCUGGAGGUGGCAGUAAAUGCACCCGAUCUCUGCUGCUCUUUAGUAUUUAAAAAGCGCAGGAGUCCAAAUGGCGUGCAGUAUUGGUCUUUCCAUAACAUUUUCAACCGCUUCAGGGCUUUUCUUUGCAACUGAAUGUGCUUCCAUAGAAUGCAACCGUUUCACCUCAGCAUGCUGCCUCUGCCCAUCAGGGACGCUUGUCCUCCAUCCUCUGCUGAUCAGCUCAGCUCAGCUGAAACACGACCUCAGCUCUGAUUACAGAUCCCAUCCCGCUGCUGUGUCUAUAUUCAGCCCGUUUUUUUGGGUACAGUCACAAUAUUUGCUGUGGUGGUAACGCUGAAUCAACAAGCAGAGCAGAAUCCCAUACCAGAGACCUGCUUGUGUAACCAGUGGCUUGAUGCUCACAGUCCUCUUCCCUCUAAACUAGAGGGUGUUUCUGAGUGCACCACUCCAAAUAGCUCCAUGAUUUGUCGUCACGUGACUCUUCGUCGCCCCCCGGUGGCCACCCGCUCCUCCUUCAUGCAGCAGAUAAUGGAACAGUUGAAUGUAAGCAGUCUCUGAGAUCAAUUACGUCAUCCUUUGCAAGCGGGCUAUAGUAUUCAUCUCUCUGAUGCCUGCAGCAGGACGGCGUGUCUUGCCUCCGCCCUCAGCCGCCCAUGAGAUCAUCGUAACCCAACGCAGUCGGUAGUGAUGGCAUCCUGCUGACUACAGUGCUGACACAGAAGAGAGUCAAUGUCAGAAGCCAUUUAGAGAAGACCUAGAUAGAAGCCAUGUGCCAUUCUUUUGAAAAGCUAUGCAUCCAAACAACAGCGGCAUGUCUUCUGCACUUUGCUUCGUAAACGCAAUAAUGAGUUUUUUCGCUUCCAGCACUAGUUGAGUCACCUAAGACACCUCCAGUUGCACUUAGAGUAUUCUAUUUAUGUACACAUCAAUAUUAUGAAUUGUAUAUGAACUUGAAUUCUGAAUUUGACCGGUUUGUACUGUCAUGGUUGAAAGAUUUGAAAGAAAAGUGAGAUUUGACUGCGAGUGUUAAGAGGACUAAUGGGUCAUCGUUGCUUCAUGCGCAUGCUGUUCUGUGCUGUGCGAGUCUUGAGUGAAGAAUUGGUUGCUAGGUAAACCCCACUCCAUUCCGUCCACUGUGUCCCACUCUUCUACCUCUGGAUGAUCACUCCUCAUUUCAGCAUGUCCUCCCACACCCCUCCCACUAACUCACCUCCCUGUCGUCGUCUUCGAUCCCUUUGUCUGGCUCCCCCCCCGCCCCCCCACACUCCCCACCCCCCCGCUGUCUCUCUCAUCACAACACAGCUCAAGGCCAUCAUGUCUUACAAAACAGGGAUGUUCGUUGUAUAUUUGUAUUAUCUUGUUCAAAUAGUGUAUAGAGAAUACGUGUUGGGUGGGUCAUGCCACUGUUAAAGUCAUGCCACUUCUGAUGCCACUGACAUGCCACUCCAGUCUCUCUCUGUCCAUUGUGAAUGAGCUGAUGCAGCUGGGUGCAAUUGAAACGGUGUAGCCAGUAGCCAGUACUAAAAGCCUUCAUGUGUGGGACAUUAACUUGUUUAUAAAAAGUGACUUAAGCAUUCCUAGCACAGCGUAAUGUAUGUCUUUCAAAUGGAAUGUGUGUACAUAGAGACUCAUUCGCUCAGUAAAGUUAGCGUUCAGGACCCAGCUAUUUUGGAUAGAAGGGGCAAGAAGUUGGCUGUAGAAUCCAUCCAUCAGGACCAUGAUAGGAUGUUGGCUUCAGCGAUUUUUUUUGUUAUUGUCUCUUUUCUGAUUAAUCACUAUAUCACAGAUGAAGGUGAACUAGAAGAGUGAGUUUGGUUCACAAGGUCAGAGUUCAAGUUCAGGGGUCGAAAGGUCAGGGAAAGCUCUUCCGGGUCGCCUGCAGUGUUUCACCACUUUCAGAAGACGAUUAUUCCUAUUUUUUUCCUUUUGUAGUCAUUUUAUUUUUUUUCUGUGUUAAUACCGUUGUAUAUAACCAUGACUGUGUAAAAUUGAGACGCUAAACCAAACUGUCACUUCAAUAAAAUAAGCUUGAAGGAA